AUGGCAAGCAUUCAACACCCCCAGUCAGCGACUACAGUCUUUUUAGACCAGCCGCCCAGUUGCCUGGAGUUCUGCCCCGAGGCCCCAGACCAUUUCAUCGUGGGCACCUACCUUCUAUCAGAGAACAAAACAGAAGAUGGAGAAAUUGAGCAAUCCAAAACGGGUAGUCUACAACUAUGGAAAUUAGACCCUGUUAGCAAAAUAUUAUCGCAAAUCCAAAGAAUUGCCGUCCCAUACGCAGUUUUUGACCUACAUUUCCACCCAAGACAAAAGAACCUAUUCGCAAUUGCAAGCAGCGUGGGAUCAGUGUCUCUAUUCCAAGUAUCCACCACCUCCACCCCAAUCAUCACCCAACUAUGGACGAAGCAAGUACACGAAGACCCAUCAAUUCCAGCACUAUUCCUCGCCUGGGCACCGCAAAACUGGUUCCCCCAGCCAGCAGCAGACGGCUUUGCCGUCACAUUCUCAGAUAGCCGGACAGCCGUCUUCGGGACAGAGGGCGAUAUCUGCCAAGAAGAAAGUAUAGCAGAAUGGGGCACAUACGAAGCCAAACAGAUGAUCGAAGUCUGGUUUGUUGCAUUGUCAACAAGCACCGGAACCCCAGAAGCCGAGAGCCAGAACCCGUCUGCGACCCCAUUCAUGUUCACGGGCAAUGACUUCGGCUCGCUACACACGCGCCGAUUCGAUAAUACCACCGAGUUGGAUGAUCCAGACGAGCAUAUCUCGCCCAUGCUGCUCGAGCAUGAUGAUCGAGCUCGCCACCACACUGCUGGUGUCACUGCUAUCCUGCCUCUUGAUGUUCCCUUGGUUGAUGAUGCUCCGGUUCUUCUGACGGGGUGCUAUGACGAGAGUCUGCGUGUGUACCAUGCUACGCGGAGGGGAGAGGUUCUCGUCGAGCAAGGGCUUGAUGGUGGGGUUUGGAGAAUGCAGUUGCUGAAUACCACGAGGAUUCCGGGUGAGUACCGCUUUUUGGUGCUGGCGAGCUGCAUGCAUGCCGGGACGAGGCUUGUUCGGGUUACGUGCAAGCACGAAGAUGGGACUCCGAAUUGGGGGAUUGAGGUUCUGGCGAAGUUUACCGAGCAUGAGAGUAUGAAUUAUGCCAGUGGCGUGUGGGAGGGUGGACAGGAAACGACUCGUUCUUCUAAGAUUUUGUGCGUCUCGAGUAGUUUCUAUGAUCGCAGGCUUUGUGUUUGGGCUGUUGAUCUAUAG